AUGAGGCUACUCACGAUUUCAGGUUGGAACAAGUUAAACACGAUGCAGAACUUUGUACCAUUGCUAGCGUUAGCCAAUCUGAUGUUUGUAGUGUACGGGUGUGAGCCGUAUAUUACAAGUGACCAAACUGUGUACUGCGAAGCUCCUUUAGUAUUCGUUGGAGUUGUAAACUGUGCCAAAAUAGAAGACAGAGACGCAACAUUCCGCGUUAAAAUUACUUCUAAUAUCAAAGGACAGGUUGGCUAUAUAGGUAAAACAGUAACGGUCAUUGGAUAUGGAAGAGGCCAUUCCUGUGGACCUACCGUACUGGACGUCAACCGGAAAUACAUAUUUACCAUUAGUCGUUACAGUUCGCCCAACAGACUUGAGAUAUAUGAAUAUUUUGAAGCAACGCUAGAAAAUCUGAACAGAUUUAGUAAAUUUGACUGCUCCUGCAAGGUCGAAGUUGAUCUUCCGUAUCAGCCACUUUACGGAGAACCUGCUCCCAUUGGUGACAAAUGCCUGAUCACUGAGCGUGAAUUCGACUGUCAUUUUUACGAGGGCUACUGUGCCCGACAACCAUCUAACGUGAACAGCUAUAGACAGAGGUCACCUUGUCAAUGGUUUGCUCCUAACACACCAUGUCUUUAAAGAACUUGUCAACACUUGAACAUCAAAGUUCUACGAAAAGUAAACAAUAAUAACUUAACAAAUAAGAUCUUUGAGUUAUAUCUAGUCGCAAUCUCAUGUUUUACCAUAAAAAUUCAAAAUUGUUAAUAGGAAGGAAUGCGGGAAAUUCCGUUCUGUUUCAAUCAACAAAUACGUUUUCUUUAUGUCUAUGU